AUGGAGAACGAGCUGCCGACGUCGGGUGCCCACGAUGUCAGCCUCAACGACCUCUCUCCCCGCGGCCGCUGCCUUGGACCUGCCGUUGCCACCGUCCCCACCGUCGACGGCGGCUGCCGCCUGGGGGAGUCCUUCACCUGCAACUACUGCCACCUCAGGUUCUACAGCUCGCAGGCACUACGCGGCCACCAGAACGCGCACAAGCUCGAGCGCACCCUCGCCAAGCGCAGCCGGGACAUCCUCGCCGCCGCCGCGUCACCGUCCUCGUCCCCGCCGCCGACGCAGGCGCCAUCGGCCAUCGUCUUCCACGCCGCACCACCAGAACACAACAACAACAGGGACGAUGACUUCCUGCAGCAGUCGGCGCCACCGACACCGAGCGUCGUGAUGGACAUGGCAGGAUGGGGCGCUGACACGGCCAUCGCGGCUGACAGCGGCUGUGGCCGCCUCGGCCUCGACCUCGACCUCGGCCAUGGCCGGAAUGGGGACGGCGUCAACCCCCUCCCCUGCGGCGGGGCUCAUCGGUCGGGGGGUUGCGCCAUCGAGGAUGGGCAUGGGAACUCGCACUCGAAGAAAGAAAAGGGGAAGACUGAGUGCGCCAUUGCUGCUUUGUGUUCUGAAUUUUUCUCAUGUCGAUCAGUGCCAUGA